GGGGGCUCUGGCCUCAGUCUGGAUGUGCUAACCUAGACAAGGGAAGUGGUGAGGUGGGCUCCAGGCACCUCAGCUUGUCAUGGUCUUUGAGCGGGGUGCAGCUGGUCAAGGGCACACUACCUGGGCUCAUGGAGUCCAUAAGUCUGGUGCUGUUGGUUAUCUACUGAAUACAGGGCUUGGGGAUGGGGUUCCAAGGCAUGAGAGACAAUUCCUGACUUCUGGAAGGGAGGAGCUAGGGGUUACACAGGCUGACGAUGGAGCUGCACUUGGGCCGGGGAGCCCAGGAGAGCAUUGGGCUGCCUAGAAUAGGGAAGGUGAAAUAGGCCAGCAUUGUCACCCGGAUUGUGUCUGGGUUCCCCAGGUCAGGAUUGAGUCUGUGCAUAGGGUUAGGUGUGAUCCCACCUCUGGCUUUUGCAAUCUGUUGGGAGAAGUUUUGUUUCUCCUGGGCCUGCCCUUGGGAAUUGGAUGUUCUGUUGACCAACCAAGGGGAAUGAGAAUCUCACUGCAAACAGGGUCGGUUUACCCAGAGACUUCAGACAACACUGAUGGUGGCUGCAGGUUCAGUGAGCCCAGGAUGCCAUUCUGGAGUGAAGAAGAUCUAGCGCACAGAGCUUGUAGUGCUCACACGCAUGGAUACAUGCGUGCACAUGCAAAACCUCCCUCCCCUGCACAUGCGUACCGCUGACUAUGGUCAAACACUUCUGCUCCGAGCUGUAAUCCACACACCCAAAUCUCACAGCACCUGCCUUGCCUCAUACACUUCUUCCCCGAGUGGGCCUCUCCCUGCCUCAGUUAUUCUUGUUCACAUAUAUGGUGUAUACGUAUAUCGUGAUUGGAAUCAAGACAGCCCCAUUCUUAUUUCAUAGGUGAAGAAGCAGGGGUUCAGAGAGGGCACGUCACCUACCUGAGGUCACAGAGGGGUUUAGGAGAGCCGCAAGAAUAAGAUCCAGGUCUCCUGCCUCCUGAUGUGUCAUGUUACUCUCACAGCUGGCUGCACCUUCGAAGAGGCAAGUGACCCAGCGGUGCCCUGCGAGUACAGCCAGGCUCAGUAUGAUGACUUCCAGUGGGAGCAAGUGCGGAUCCACCCUGGCACCCGAGUCCCUGCGGAUCUGCCCCACGGUGCCUACUUGAUGGUCAACGCUUCACAGCAUGCCCCAGGCCAGCGGGCGCAUGUCAUCUUCCAGAGCCUGAGUGAGAAUGACACCCACUGUGUGCAGUUCAGCUACUUCCUAUACAGCCGGGAUGGGCACAGCACCGGCACCCUGGGUGUCUAUGUGCGUGUUAAUGGGGGUCCCCUGGGCAGUGCCGUCUGGAAUAUGACCGGAUCCCAGGGCCGUCAGUGGCACCAGGCCGAGCUGGCUGUCAGUACCUUCUGGCCCAAUGAAUAUCAGGUGCUGUUUGAGGCCCUCAUCUCCCCAGACCACAGGGGCUACAUGGGCCUAGAUGACAUCCUGCUGCUCAGCUACCCCUGUGCAAAGGCCCCGCACUUCUCCCGCCUGGGCGACGUGGAGGUCAACGCCGGGCAGAAUGCAUCGUUCCAGUGCAUGGCGGCAGGACGAGCAGCAGAGGCAGAGCGCUUCCUCCUCCAGAGGCAGAGCGGGACGCUGGUGCCCGCGGCCACUGUGCGUCACAUCAGCCAUCGGCGCUUCCUGGCCACUUUCACGCUGGCCGCCGUGGGCCGCGCCGAGCAGGACCUGUACCGCUGCGUGUCCCAGGCGCCGCGCGGCGCCGGUGUUUCCAACUUCGCUGAGCUCAUCGUCAAGGAGCCCCCCACUCCCAUCGCGCCCCCACAGCUGCUGCGUGCGGGCCCCACCUAUCUCAUCAUCCAGCUCAACACCAAUUCCAUCAUCGGCGACGGGCCGAUUGUGCGCAAGGAGAUCGAGUACCGCAUGGCGCGUGGCCCCUGGGCUGAGGUGCACGCCGUCAGCCUGCAGACGUACAAGCUGUGGCACCUGGACCCCGACACCGAGUACGAGAUCAGCGUGCUGCUCACCCGCCCUGGGGACGGGGGCACUGGCCGCCCUGGGCCACCACUCCUCAGCCGCACGAAGUGCGCAGAGCCUAUGAGAGCCCCCAAAGGCCUAGCUUUUGCUGAGAUCCAGGCUCGCCAGCUGACUCUGCAGUGGGAGCCCCUGGGCUACAACGUGACGCGUUGCCACACCUACACCGUGUCCCUCUGCUAUCACUACACCCCCGGCAGCAGCCACAACCAGACCAUCCGGGAGUGUGUGAAGAUGGAGCGUGGCGCCAGCCGCUACACCAUCCGGAACCUGCUGCCCUACCGCAACGUGCACGUGCGCCUGGUGCUCACCAACCCCGAGGGUCGCAAGGAGGGCAAGGAGGUCACCUUCCAGACCGAUGAGGACGUGCCUGGUGGGAUUGCAGCUGAGUCCUUGACCUUCACACCACUGGAGGACAUGAUCUUCCUCAAGUGGGAGGAGCCCCAGGAACCUAAUGGCCUCAUCACCCAGUAUGAGAUCAGCUACCAGAGCAUCGAAUCGUCAGACCCGGCGGUGAAUGUGCCGGGCCCGAGGCGUACCAUCUCCAAGCUCCGCAACGAGACCUACCACGUCUUCUCCAACCUGCACCCAGGCACCACCUACCUGUUCUCUGUGCGGGCUCGCACGGGCAAAGGCUUUGGCCAGGCGGCACUCACUGAGAUCACCACCAACAUCUCAGCUCCCAGCUUUGAUUAUGCCGACAUGCCGUCGCCCCUGGGCGAGUCUGAGAACACCAUCACCGUGCUGCUGAGGCCUGCACAGGGCCGCGGUGCACCCAUCAGUGUGUACCAGGUAAUUGUGGAGGAGGAGCGGCCGCGGAGGCUGCGUCGGGAGCCAGGUGGCCAGGACUGCUUCCCAGUGCCUCUGACCUUCGAGGCGGCGCUGGCUCGUGGCCUAGUGCACUACUUUGGGGCCGAACUGGCGGCCAGCAGCCUGCUGGAGGCCAUGCCCUUCACAGUGGGUGACAACCAGACAUAUCGCGGCUUCUGGAACCCACCACUUGAGCCCAGGAAGUCCUACCUCAUCUACUUCCAGGCAGCAAGCCACCUGAAAGGGGAAACCCGGUUGAAUUGUAUCCGAAUCGCCAGGAAAGCUGCCUGCAAGGAAAGCAAGCGGCCCCUGGAGGUGUCCCAGAGAUCGGAGGAGAUGGGGCUCAUCCUGGGCAUCUGUGCAGGGGGCCUUGCGGUCCUCAUCCUCCUCCUGGGGGCCAUCAUUGUCAUCAUCCGAAAGGGGAAGCCGGUGAACAUGGCCAAGGCCACUGUCAACUACCGCCAGGAGAAGACCCACAUGAUGAGCGCUGUAGACCGGAGCUUCACAGACCAGAGCACCCUGCAGGAGGAUGAGCGGCUGGGCCUGUCCUUCAUGGAUGCGCCAGGCUACAGCCCUAGGGGAGACCAGCGCAGCGGUGGGGUCACAGAAGCCAGCAGCCUGCUGGGGGGCUCUCCACGACGUCCGUGUGGCCGGAAGGGCUCCCCUUAUCACACCGGCCAGCUGCACCCUGCGGUGCGUGUGGCUGACCUUCUGCAGCACAUCAACCAGAUGAAGACGGCCGAGGGUUACGGCUUCAAGCAGGAGUACGAGAGCUUCUUUGAAGGCUGGGAUGCCACCAAGAAGAAAGACAAGCUCAAGGGUGGCCGGCAGGAAUCCAUGCCUGCCUAUGACCGGCACCGAGUGAAGCUGCACCCAAUGCUGGGAGACCCCAAUGCUGACUACAUUAAUGCCAACUACAUAGACGGUUAUCACAGGUCAAACCACUUCAUAGCCACUCAAGGGCCGAAGCCUGAGAUGAUCUACGAUUUCUGGCGCAUGGUGUGGCAGGAGCACUGCUCGAGCAUCGUCAUGAUCACCAAGCUGGUAGAGGUGGGCAGGGUGAAGUGCUCACGGUACUGGCCAGAGGACUCAGACAUGUACGGGGACAUCAAGAUCACACUGAUGAAGACGGAAACAUUGGCCGAGUAUGUUGUGCGCACCUUUGCUCUGGAGCGGAGAGGCUACUCUGCCCGCCACGAGGUCCGCCAGUUCCACUUCACAGCAUGGCCAGAACAUGGUGUCCCCUACCAUGCCACUGGACUGCUGGCCUUCAUCCGGCGUGUCAAGGCCUCCACACCACCAGAUGCUGGGCCCGUGGUCAUCCACUGCAGCGCAGGCACUGGCCGCACAGGCUGCUAUAUCGUCCUGGAUGUGAUGCUCGACAUGGCGGAGUGUGAGGGCGUAGUGGACAUUUACAACUGCGUGAAGACCCUCUGUUCCCGGCGUGUCAACAUGAUCCAGACCGAGGAGCAGUACAUCUUCAUCCACGACGCAAUCCUGGAGGCCUGUCUGUGUGGGGAGACCACCAUCCCUGUCAAUGAGUUCAAGGCCACCUACAGGGAGAUGAUCCGCAUUGACCCUCAGAGUAAUUCUUCCCAGCUGCGGGAAGAGUUCCAGACCCUGAACUCCGUCACCCCGCCGCUGGACAUGGAGGAGUGCAGCAUCGCCCUGCUGCCUCGGAACCGCGACAAGAACCGCAGCAUGGACGUCCUGCCACCCGACCGCUGCCUGCCUUUCCUCGUCUCUACGGACGGUGACCCCAACAACUACAUCAAUGCGGCCCUGACUGACAGCUACACACGGAGCGCGGCCUUCAUCGUGACCCUACAUCCGCUGCAGAGCACCACGCCUGACUUCUGGCGGCUGGUCUAUGACUACGGGUGCACCUCCAUCGUCAUGCUCAACCAGCUGAACCAGUCCAACUCCGCCUGGCCCUGCCUGCAGUACUGGCCAGAGCCGGGCCGGCAGCAGUAUGGCCUCAUGGAGGUGGAGUUUGUGUCUGGCACUGUGGAUGAAGACUUGGUGGCCCGAGUCUUCAGGGUGCAGAACAUCUCUCGGCUGCAGGAGGGCCACCUGCUGGUGCGGCACUUCCAAUUCCUGCGCUGGUCUGCCUACCGGGACACGCCUGACUCCAAGAAGGCUUUCCUGCACCUGCUGGCCGAGGUGGACAAGUGGCAGGCGGAGAGCGGGGACGGGCGCACCGUUGUGCACUGCCUAAACGGGGGUGGCCGCAGCGGCACCUUCUGCGCCUGCGCCACGGUCCUGGAGAUGAUCCGCUGCCACAGCCUGGUGGAUGUUUUCUUCGCUGCCAAAACCCUUCGGAACUACAAGCCCAAUAUGGUGGAGACCAUGGAUCAGUACCACUUUUGCUACGAUGUGGCCCUGGAGUACCUGGAAGGGUUGGAGUCAAGAUAGCGGGGGCCCUGGCCUGGGGCACCCACUGUGCACUCAGGGCCAGGCCCACCACACCCAGCUGGAGAGGGCCUGUGCCUCCAACCCUGCUCAGCCAUAGCCUCAUGGGGAAAACUCUGGAGUGGAUGCCGGGCCUUCUCCGUGGCUCCUUCCACUGUGGGCAGCGCCUUUCAGUACAUCCAUGGGCAAGCUGUGGGCCAAGGAGGAGCAAGACUGCAGCCCAGCCCCACCUCCAGCAGGUCCUGUAGGCACAGUGACCGCCGCUCAGAGCAGCUCUGGGGGACUCGGGCCAAGCCCCCGACUCUGUCCCAGCUGUUGGCAGAGAUGAGUGAGCCCCUGCGGAGAGAGUGUCCCAGGGUCAAGGUUUCUGCCCAGCACAGCCCCUCCUGCACCUGAGUGGAGGAUGCACUGAGGCUUGGCAUCUGGCCCCUGAGGGUUCUGGGCAGGCGGGGCUCUGCCCUGAUUUAGCGUGGGACACAUUGACCAUCCUCUUGAAGGGAACUGUGGCGCCCUCCUCCACCCCACUGCCUAUUGCAGUCCCUGGGGUGUUUUGCUCACCAACCCUCCCCACUUCUGCUUCUCUGCUAUGUGCUCUGAUCUCCCUGGAACCAGGAUCUGCCCAUGCCUACCAUGCCCCGUGUGGGGCUCCUUCCCUGCCUGACCCAGUGUCUGCAGAAUGAAGUCACCUCAGUCCUCUGUUCCCAUAGCGUUCGAGUCUUCUGUGGCUUGGCUCUGCUCAGCUCAGGCCAGUGACAAUCUGUGAGGCAGAACCAGAAUCCCUGGGUUUGGGGUCCCUAUGGCUCCUGGUCAGGCUGCCCACAGGGGAGGGGCAGUGCUAGAGCAGGGCUGGCCCCAACCCCUAGAGUUCAAUUCUGGGAUGGAGGAUCAGUGCUUUUUUUGUUUAUUUUGUUAUUUUGAUGGGUGGGUGGGAAGGUCUCUUUAAAGUGGGGCAGGCCACACCCCCAUUUCGUGCCUCAAUUUCCCCACCUGUAAACUGUAGAUAUGACUACUGACCUACCUCACAGGGGGCUGUGGGGAGGCAAAAAGUAAUGUUUGUAAAGCGCUUUGUAAAUAAAUGUGCUCUCUGAAUGCCACCAAGUGA